CCCCUUUUCUGGAUCGUAUUUUGAGAGCCCAUCUCUCUCCAUCGACCUUCCUACCACACUCGCUUCUGGGGUCCGUUCAAUCGCUCAAGAUGGCUGAGAUCAAUGGGAGCUUUGUCUCUCCCGCGGCCGAUGCCACUGUUUUUCCCCAAGUUUUUCAACCCGCCGGCUUGAUCGCAGAUUUCCUCAAUGGCCUGACCCUUUGGAAGACUCUGGCGACUCUGUUCGCCUUAGCUGUGGUCUACGACCAGUUCCGAUACAUUUACCUCAAGGGCGCCAUCGUUGGUCCAGCUUGGAAGCUCCCGUUUAUGGGACCGUUCCUCCAGUCUGUCAACCCCAAAUUCCACGAGUACAAGGCCAAAUGGGACAGCGGCGAGCUGAGCUGUGUGUCUGUUUUCCACAAGUUUGUUGUCAUCGCAUCCACUCGUGAUAUGUCCCGCAAGAUCUUCAACUCGCCUACUUAUGUCAAGCCCUGUGUCGUCGAUGCUGCGCAUAAACUGCUUGGCAAGACUAACUGGGUAUUCUUGGAUGGCAAGGAACAUGUUGACUUCCGCAAGGGCUUGAACAACCUUUUCACCCGUCAGGCGCUUUCUUGCUAUCUUCCUCGCAUGGAGGAGGUUUACAAUGACUACUACGCGCGCUUCCUCAAAAAGUCUAAGAACAACAACUAUAAGCCAACGCCGUGGAUGCCCGAAUUCCGUGACCUGAUGUGCGCCGUCUCUUGCCGUACCUUCGUAGGCCACUACAUUUCCGAUGAGGCCAUUGAUAAGAUUUCCGUCGACUACUACAACAUCACCGCUGCGCUGGAAUUGGUCAACUUCCCGAUCAUCCUCCCUUUCACCAAGACCUGGUACGGAAAGAAGGCUGCGGACAUGGUUCUUGACGAAUUUGCCAAGUGUGCUGCCAAAAGCAGAGCUCGUAUGGCUGCGGGCGGAGAGAUUAGCUGCAUUAUGGACGCUUGGAUCAAGGCUCAGUUGGACUCUGCCAAAUACCGGGAAAAGAUUGCCAAGGGUAUUGAGGUUGACUCUUCUGAAAAGCCACCACAGGUGCUCCGUGACUUCACCGACUAUGAGGUGUCUCAGACCAUCUUUACCUUCUUGUUCGCUUCCCAGGAUGCCACCAGUUCCGCCUGCACUUGGUUGUUCCAACUUAUGGCCGACCGCCCCGAGAUCCUUGACAAGGUUCGCGAGGAGAACCUGCGUCUCCGUAAUGGAGAUGUGAAUGCUCCCUUGACCAUGGACUUGCUCGACUCAAUGACUUACACCCGCGCCGUUGUCAAGGAGACUCUCCGUUACCGGCCCCCUGUCAUUAUGGUUCCCUACAUUGCCAAGAAGGACUUCCCUAUUACCGACAAGAUUACUGUCGCCAAGGGCUCCAUGAUCAUCCCUUCGGUCUACCCUGCCACUCGUGAUGAGGAAGCUUACCCGAACGCUGACUCUUUCGACCCUGACCGUUGGAUCACCGGUACCGCCGAGCAGCACCCUAAGAACUUCCUCAUCUUCGGCACCGGGCCUCACUACUGCCUUGGUCAGACAUACGCUGUCCUUAACUUGAUGGCGAUGAUCGGCAAGGCCAGUAUGGAGAUGGACUGGGUACACACUCCUACACCCCAGUCUGAGGAAAUCAAGGUCUUUGCUACUAUCUUCCCUCAGGACGACUGCCUGCUUACUUUUCGUCCUCGCGCUUAAUUCUUGUACCGCAAUGCAACAGCAACCCGGAGAUCUAGAUGAGCUGUGUCACUCUAUGGCCCUUUGACCAUGGAGUCCGAUAUACAGCAGCCGCCUUGUGGGCCCUUAACCCCGGCGAUUCUGUCCCGGAGAUGGGAGAACCGCAUGGGCGCUUUCCUCUUUUCCCUACUUCCUGUAUCUAUUCUCACUGAUCGAACCGCUACUGUCCGACCGGGUGUAUCGUUUGCUGUUAAAAUUGCUUUUUAUAAGUUUGUGGAUAAUUCUGGAAACGUCGGGUCUAACGUCUCAUCUUCGUCCUUAGAACCCCGGCUCUCGAUUGAAGUCGCGCAGGGCAGUUAGACUCGGCUUGCUUGGGUUAAAUCAACCACCCAUGUCAUGCAUAUGGGAAUGGGAAUGAGCUACGUGGAGUUGUUUGCUUGUGUGAUAUAUUUUUCGUCACUCCUGAAGCCCUCGGAUGACCUAGAUGUCCCUUAUAUUAAUAUUAAUCAUGAAUUCUUCUGCU